ACACGAUGGGCCAAAUGGCCUCCUUCUGUGCUGUAAAAGUCUAUGAUUCAACAUGAAUGUUAGAAGAGGGUGUGAUAGGAAGUCAGGGCUGCUAGUCUAUGGCAAAGUGCAUUCAUCUACCGACCACUGCCAACACACUCCAAAGGUGGUCAUUUUUUACUUGUCUAAGGUAUAGAUACAAAGUUUAAUUGAAUGAAAUCCCUUGCGGGAAACUUUUGUUUAAGAUUCCAUUCCUUACAAGUUACUUUAUCUCUCUCUCUCUAUCUCUCCUCCAUUUAGGUUCAGCUGAUUCAUGACAAAAACGCUUCUACUCUUUCAAUACCCUCCCAGUCCCCCGCCGACGAGGCAGGCACACCCUCAGAGAAGGUUCACAUGACCUGGACUAAAGAGAAGUUUACGGCCGAUAAAAACAAAAACAGAGGGCCGAUCACCCCUGAGGAAAUCCGGGACCUCUUCAGUAUGAAACCUGAAUGGGAGAACCUAAACCAGUCCAACGUCAGGAGGAUGCACACUGCAGUCAAGCUAAAUGAAGUCAUUGUGAAAAAGUCCCAAGACGCAAAGCUGGUGCUGAUGAACAUGCCCGGGCCUCCCAAAAACCGGAAGGGCGACGAAAACUACAUGGAGUUCCUGGAAGUGUUGACAGAAGGCCUGGACCGGGUGCUGUUAGUGCGUGGGGGUGGUCGUGAGGUCAUCACCAUCUAUUCCUGAGCUCCAGUUCACUGCCAGUAUUUGUGCAAUGAACCCAUCACAGCUUUUUAUCAGUGACUCCCAGUUUCUUCUCAUUGUAUAGUGUUUUCCAUGCAGCUAAGGAAGCUUCCUAUCUGGUUCCUGGUAACAGUUCUGUGAAACGUUUUCCUUGAUGACGGGAUAGGAAGUAGCACUGAAAGGACUACGAAGGGGAAUGCUCACCGACACAGCUUCAUGCAUUAAAUUACUUUGCUUAGAGUUGUCUCUUGCUUGUACCUGUGUUUUCAAUUGUUCCCAGGAACUCAUGAUCUCAUUCAUAUAGAUAACUCAUUUAUCAAGUGACGGUAGCCAUUAUCCACAAAGUAAAUUACGUUCUAUAAAAGAUGCAAGUUUCCGGUUCCAGGAACUAUAUCUGUGUUCUCAAACUCACAGCAAAUCACUGGAGAGAUCAUUUUGAUUCAAAUUCCAUUCACGUCCUUCAAAAGGAGUUAAGCUUAGUUAAAAUUAGCCGGAGUAGCAACUUCUGUUUGACACAACAUAAUCAGCCGAGGUGUGCAUUUUCGAACAUAUUGCUACAGAAUGAAUGGACUAUUUAAACAAAUAUUAAAUGAACGAAUGAAUAAAAUCUUAGUAUUAGCCUGCAUUAAGAUAUCAAACAAAUAUAAUCAGUAAUAUGUUACUUAAGUUUUGAUUACUGUUCGGGGAGAAUGGCUGGGGGAAAAACAAGCUACCAGCAAUAUGAAGAUAUUUUCACAGGUAUGAAAUGAUUUUUCUUCAGAGACCCCGAAUAAGGAAAAGUGAAAUAUUCCAGGGUGUGUACAUAUAGUUUUCUAAACUAAUUAAAAAUCAAUAACUUGCUGGAAGCUGCGAAAAGGGCUGAGUUGUGUUAUUGAAGAAGUUGCAGAUCUUAGAAGAGCACCUAUGAAGUAACUAUUUAUUACACAGUUUCUGAAUUUAAACAUUUCAGUGUGAGAGUCUAUUUAUAAAAUAAAAUCUAGGAUGAAAAGGUUAGUUCCAUGCCGCACAUUACUUUGGCUCAUCUUUCUUCGACAUAUCACAUCGAUCGUUCCUUAUUUGGGUUCAAUUUCAAUUAAAUGGAUAAGAGCAAAAUGUUGAAAUCACUGGCAGAUUUUUAAUGUAUAAUAUAAAAUGGAGGAAGAAAACCAUGUCUUGGCAGCUGACCAUUAGGCAUUUCAAAAGCUGUGUCUUGUGAGCAUUUCCCUGUGAUGAUAUUUUUUGUUUGUACUGUAUGCAUUUCAAUGUAUUGCUGCAAAUGAUAUUAGCGGUAUUCGUUUUUGACCAUUCAGUGCCCCUUAUCGGGGAAAUUGGUGUCCUAUCUGAAAAAGAGCAAAGUAUUGGCAUAGAAUGAUCUUGCCUAUCAUUCAUUCAGUAGAGGCACAGUAUUGCAAUGUACAGUCAGACACCGGAGCUUAUAUAAUUAUGUCCCAAUAGAUUGUUGGAAUCAAAACUGAAUCUUGACCAGAUUAUUGAUUAAACUACGGAGGAACAUUUUACAUUAAGCACACUGCAACUGCUUAUCAGGGCAAUUAAAAUAUAGAAUUGUACAAGCUUGAUAAUCAAACGCACAUUCUUUUGAAUACAGACAUAUAGGCCGAGUGAUAUUCUGAUAUUGAGGAUCGCUGCUGAGUUGGGAUAUAUGGUAACCAAAUAGCCAUCAGAUCGAUUUCAUUUCCAAGGCAUUUUCUCUAUAGCUUAAUUUUUUUCUCAUUACAAGAGUUAACUCCUUGUCAAAAUCUUCUUUCUAAGUUUGUGCUGUUACUGAGAAAAGUUAUGUUUUGCUAAGAGAUUAAUAUUUAGGUGUUUGUGGAUGAGAACAAAACAAAGUCAUGCUAUGCAUUUUCUAGCCACACGGUGUCACCAAAAUGCUCUAGUCUAUUUCAUUAUUUUUCUAAUAUAUAUAUUACAGUAGUGGGUUCUUCAUAUUACUGUCUAUUUGAAUAGUUAAAUAAAAAAUGAAAUUUGUGUCUUAAA